AUGCCAGGGAGUCGCUCGCGCGAUGAAGCGGAGAACUCCUCUCUCGUGAGUUCCGCGCCCACUUUCUCGCACGCUGCGGCGGAGGCCACGUACGCGCCUCCGCCGCGGCGUGCGGCGAAUGCGCUUUUCCCGGCCGGCGGCUUCAUGGAGCCGGGCAGGUCGCCGGGGGGGCUCGCGAACCCCCCGGCGGAGAACGCGGUCGCCGCCGCGGAGCGCGCGUCGCAGAAGAUCUGGCGCAGCUACUUGUACGGGCAGCUGGCCAACGUGACCAAGGCUGCAGUCUGGUGGUCCAUGUUUGGCACGUUGAUGAUUUCGAUAGUUGGGAACGACAGCGCCGUGGGCAUCACCCGAGCGGCCUUCAAUUUGGCGCUGGUCUUGGUGUCUCCUCUCGCAGGGGCGGUCGCGGAGCGCGCCAGCAUUCGCCGCCUGCUGGGCACCACGACGGUCACGCGCCUUCUGAUUUGGAGCGCGGCAGUCCCGGCCGCGUGGCUGUUCCUGAAGAACGACUUGGAUCGCCCUGACCUUUUUCUUCUCUGUCUCGUCGCCCUGAUGUUUUUCGAUGGCGUGCAAGUCGCCUUCGCCAACGUUGUCGACAUCGACUGCGGCGGCCUGGACACGCUGAGUGCGCAGUACGAUCUCCCCGUCGACGACAGCUUGCGCAACAAGAUGAACGGCUGCCACCAGAUGGUGUUUGACCUGUCCUUCAUUGUCUUCACGCCGCCCAUUGCCUUCGGCGUGUACCUGCUGUCCCUCCAUCUGCAUCACCUCCUCCCCGACUCCUGGCUGCCCUACCUGGGCAGCGACUCGGGCGUCUUUGCCCUGGUGUCGAGUAUGAGUUUCAUCUUCUGCGUGUUGUCUGUCGUUUCCUUGGGCUGCUACGUGUUCGGGUUGCCGAGGAGGAGCGCGCGCCAGUUCUUUUACCCAGAGGGAGGCAGCCACGACGGCAGUUGCUAUGAAGGCAGCGGCGGCGGCCACACGUCUUCAGCCGAAGGCACUUCUGACGAGAUGGCGAGUUCGUCUCGAGGGAACAGGCUGCUGACAGACACCGUGGAUAACGACAGUGAAACGAGUGAAACGCAGACGGACCUGUCCAGCGUCCACACGCUGUCUCUCUUUCAGGAGACGGCCAGCCGUCUGGAGGAUGUGCGAGAUGGCUUGCUGAUUGUUUUGAGAGAAAAGGAGUUGGGCUGGCGGCUCGUCUUCCUCGCAUUCGAGACGGCUCUAGAGGACUCCAUGGUGUCGGUUGUGAUUCCCGAGCUUGCGCUGCAGUGCUGCGUCACGGCCUUCGCGACGUGGGGCGUCCUGGGAGGCAGUGCCUCGCACGGUGCGUCUCCCUCGUCGACGGCCGGCGCAGCCUCUGUGUUGGGAUCCGGCAUAGCGGACGGCUUCAGCGUGGAGGGAAGCACUGCUGUGCCCUUAGACGCCGAAGGCGGAGGCGCGUUUCCCGUCUCCUCAUCGUCCGCGUUCUUGCUCUCCGCUGGCGACGAGCUUUCCGUCUCCUCGUUCGAUUUCGCGCUGGGCGGGCUUCCGCCGUUUUCUUUCUUCUCGCUGCCCUCCUGGGACUUCACACUUACAGCCGCGGAAGAGCUACCGUUGGGUGCCUCGCCCAACCGGGCGUUCGCGAAUCUCUUGGCGGUGGUCAUCAUCGCCGUGGGCAAAAUCGGCGGCAGCCUCGCGGGGUUGUACAUGAAUAGACGGUGGACUCCUCCCGCGUCUUACAGCAGAGACUCCGCCUACCGCCGCCUGUUUUGGUGCGUUCUUGCUUCGUCUUUCUCAGUCGCACUGCUACCUUUGUCUCAGUUUCUGUAUAUCAACCGCCUGGCCCCCACGUGGCUGUGUGCGGCGCUGGUCCUGCUGUCUGCCUUUGCGUUUUUCCUUUUCUCCACUGCGCCAAAGAUCGGCUUUGCGACGCUGCUUCAGGGUCUGGUUGCCUCGCAGCAGGUUGCGUGCAAAGUGUUUGGUUUCGUGGGAACCUUCGUGACGGUCACGGACGCCGUGGUCAUUGCAUGCAUCAACAUGGUUUUCACGGCGUUUUUGCCCUCCCACUUCCUGUCUGCGCUCUUGUGUGUGACUGGGGUCUAUCUGGUUCAUGGAUUAAUCGAGGCCUUCGUCGGUCCACUGCUGAUUUUGGAGCCGCCGACGGCCGGACUGGUGGCAGGGGCUGAAGGUGACUCGGGUGACCUCCGCGGCGCGACCUUCGAGGCGCGGGGUCGCGAAUUUGCGAUGGAUGCGAGAGACGGCGACGCCAGAGAGGUGGCGGGGGCCGGCGUCCUUUUUGACGCCUCCGGAUGGUCGGCGGCGAGACCCGCCAACAGGGGAGGGCAGAGUUUCUUGCCGCCUCACCGCGGACCCGAAGAUGGAGCAACCGGCUUCUACUGGACGGGCGAAGCGGGUGCGUCGGCCUCUGGGGCCAGCCACUACCCGCUCGCGGCCGAUCAGCAGCAGCGCGGUGUGUCGAGAAGAAGCUAA